CUGGAGAUCAGACCAGAACACGUUAUGUCAGUCAGAACGGCUCUUCCUCUGAUGAUUCUGCUCAUGAUUCAUGGAGUUUAUGGCCAGUAUGACUGGGGUGUGACUUACAGUCAUUCAUACAUGUGUGCACUAAAGGACUCAUCAGUGACAAUGACCUGCUUUUGUACAUUUCCACCUGGAUAUUGGAUCCUGAAUGUGUUCUGGACCAAAACACCUGUUCACAUAGAGCCUUUAGAUCUGUCAAACGACCCUGAAUACAGUCGAAGGGUUUACUAUUGGGACGAUCUUCACCAAUACUUCCACUUUCAGCUGAGUCGUGUGACCCUGACUGAUUCAAACCUGUACUAUUGCAGAAUCACUACUAAUGUAGCUCAUGGAAAUUGGAUUGGUGAUUCAGGAGUGCUGCUUGCUGUCACAGAUCUUCAGGUGGAGUCUCCUGAGAGAGUGACAGAGGGAGAUUCAGUCCGUCUGACAUGUAAAAGCAGCUGCACUCUGACUGACAGAUCAACAUUCAUCUGGUUCAGAAACUCACAGCCAUUAACCACAGGAAUUGUUGAAAAUAAACUUGACCUCUGGCCGGUCAGAAGAGAGGAUGCAGGCAGCUAUAGCUGUUCUGUAUAUGGGCACAGUUACAUCUCUCCUGUUGUUUAUCUCAGUGUCACGUAUGCUCCUGUGAAUCCUGUGAUCUCCAUCAGUCCAUCUGGUGAAAUAGUGGAGGGAGAUUCAGUGACUCUGAACUGCAGCAGUGAUUCAAACCCACCUGCAGAAAUCAACUGGUUUAAAGGAGGAACGUUUGUAGGAUCUCAAAGAAUCUACAGCAUCUCAAAGAUCAGCUCUGAUCACAGUGGAGAAUACAAGUGCAAGUCCAGAAAUAAACAUGGAGAGAAAUUAUCUAAUGCUGUGACUUUAAACGUCAUGUAUUCUCCCAGGAGUGUCUCAGUGUCCAUCAGUUCAUCUGGUGAAAUAGUGGAGGGAGAUUCAAUGACUCUGAUCUGCAGCAGUGAUUCAAACCCACCUGCAGAAAUCAUCUGGUUUAAAGGAGGAACGUUUGUAGGAUCUGGAAGAAUCUACAGCAUCUCAAAGAUCAGCUCUGAUCACAGUGGAGAAUACAAGUGCAAGGCCAGAAAUAAAUAUGGAGAGAAAUACUCUGAUACUGUGACUUUAAGUGUCAUGUAUCCUCCAAAGAAUGUCUUAGUGUCUGUCUCUGGUGAAAUAACAGAAAGUGAUUCAGUGACUCUGACCUGCAGCAGUGAUUCAAACCCACCUGCUCUGAACUUCAUCUGGUUUAAGGAGGAUGAAUCCUCAUCUGUUGGAUCUGGACAGAGUUUCAGUGCACUACAGAGUGGACGCUUCUACUGUGAGGCUCACAAUCAACAUGGAUCUCAGAGAUCAGAUGCUGUUACUGUCACAGGUCACCGUGGUGCUGGUUGGAAUGUGACUGAGAUCACAGUGGCAUCUGGAGGAGUAUUCAUCAUCAUCGUCAUCAUCAUUAUAUUAUUUAUAAAAAAAAUGAUGAACAGGAGACCUGCAAUACAUGAGUAUGAGAAUGAUGAUCUCAGAGUAAACAAAUAUAUGGCUCUUGAGCCCAGGUCCAGAUCUUCUGACCAGUACAACACACUCACAACUGUCCACCCUAGACCUGCUGUUCACCAGUCAGGCUCUUCUGAAUAUGAGAAUCAGUCAGUAAGUAGUAGUCUCAAUGUAAGUCUCAAUAUAACCAAUAAAGAAGAAACUUCUUCAAUACUAGACAACCGGUAUUAAACAACCCAUUUAUUCACUUACUAACUAGACUCGUAGAGUAAUUUUACCAACAGUAAAUACUUUUUAAAUAAAAAAUAAUGUGUCUGAAAUGUGUUUUGCUUGUCAUGUAUCUGUAGCCACACAGUGAGAUGCCACAGUAAGAUGAAGCACAAGUUAAACUGUACUUGACUUUAUCUCCGUUGGAUACCUACAUCACAACUCCUGGCUAAAUAAAUGACUUUGUGUGUGAAUGGCGAAUGUGUGUCAUUUUUUUUUCCAGUACAGUUACAUACAGAAUUUUUUGUGAUUCAUGGUUGUGCAUUUGCCUGUGGUCAAAAUGACACCAUCCACUCUU